CCCAUCCCUCCUCCCCCCGCCUGGUCCAUCCCUAGUCACCCGCCGCUGCAACUCAGUUACUCUCCCGACGGUCCGUAAGGGCAGGAUAAGAACCUACCACCCCUAUGCUCUCCUAAGUCACCGUCGCCUCUCCCUCUUUGCUAUGGCCUCCGCCUGCACCGUCUCUCUCUGCUCUCAUCCCAAGAUUCCGGCUGGGGCGGUCUCGCUUAAGCGUGGACGGCGAAGCCUAGUGUUGGGCGGUUCCUCCAGCUAUUGUGCGCACCAGGUGCUGUAUCCUGUGUUUUGUGGCUCGUUUAUUGAUAGGAGAAGAUGUUUCAGAUUGGUGACUUGGGCGGCUGCUUCUAGGGGUUCCGGAGCUCCGAGGCGGCCGGCCACCAGCCGGAGAGUGUACAGGGAAUCGCAGAGCGAGCGGCCUUUUCUUGGUGGCAUUCAAGGGAAGGAGAUUGCCUCAUUUGUUAUCCCUGUCGGUGUGUUUGUCACGGUUACACUAGUUUUAUGGAAAUUGGUGGAGAGAGUCGUCAUGCCAAAACCAUUGAAGCCAUCAGUAGCGGAGAAAAAAUCCUCUGCGCAAGGAAUGAAAUGGUCAAUUGCGGCAGGAACAAAUUUGUUGUCAGGAUUAGGUGCAAAGAUUGAAAGAGAGUCCAAGCAGAAGCUCAAUGAAUUUGCAAAAGAGCUCAGGUCAUUCAGAAGCGUUGACAUGUCAGGUUGCAACUUUGGGGAUGAAGGAUUGUUUUUUCUUGCUGAGAGCUUAGGGUACAAUCAGACUGCAGAGGAAGUGAAUUUUGCUGCUAAUGGAAUAACUGCUGUUGGAGUGAAGGCCUUUGAUGGUGUUCUUCAAUCAAAUAUAAUAUUGAAGACUCUUAAUCUUUCUGGAAAUGCUAUUGGAGAUGAAGGAGCUAAGUGCCUAUGUGAUAUUCUGGUGUACAAUUCUGGUAUUCAAAAGCUCCAGCUAAACAAUGCUGACUUAGGGGAUGAGGGAGCCAAAGCUAUUGCCGAUAUGUUGAAGGGAAAUUCAACUAUAUGUGUUCUUGAACUCAACAACAAUAUGAUUGACUAUUCUGGAUUUGCAAGUAUUGCUGGAGCGCUUCUUGAGAAUAACUCUAUACAAAAUUUACAACUCAAUGGCAAUUAUGGUGGUGCCCUUGGGGCUGCUGCUUUGGCUAAAGGGCUUGAAGGGAACAAGUCUUUGAGGGAACUUAGUUUACAUGGAAAUUCUAUUGGAGAUGAAGGAGUGCGUGCUUUGAUAUCAGGUUUACCUUCACGUAAAGGGAAACUUGCACUGCUUGACAUUGGCAACAAUAGUAUUAGCUCAAAAGGUGCCUUCCAUGUUUCUGAAUACAUUAAGAAAAGCAAGAGUCUGCUGACAUUGAAUCUUUACAUGAAUGACAUUGGAGAUGAGGGGGCUGAAAGAAUCGCAGAUGGUUUGGAGCAAAAUCGCACAAUAACAUACUUAGACCUGGGGGGAAAUAACAUCCAUGCCAAGGGGGUCAGUGCUAUAGCUGAAGCUUUGAAAGAUGAACUUGCCAUUAUAUUUCUUGAUCUUGCUUAUAACCCUAUUGGGCCUGAUGGAGCAAAGGCUUUAUCUGAGGUUCUUAAGUUUCAUGGGAAGAUAAAAACCCUCAAGCUUGGUUGGUGUCAGAUAGGAGCAAAGGGUGCAGAGUUCAUAGCAGAUACUUUGAAAUAUAAUACUACCAUAUCAACCUUGGACUUGCAGGCAAAUGGACUUAGAGAUGAGGGUGCAGUCUGCCUGGCUCAGAGCUUGAAAGUUGUUAAUGAAGCGUUAACAUCACUUGAUUUGGCAUUUAAUGAAAUUAGGGAUGAAGGGGCUUUUGCCAUUGCUCGGGCACUCAAGGCUAAUGAAGAUGUGGCAGUUACAUCUCUAAACCUAUCCAGGAACUUCCUUACAAAAUUUGGACAGAGCGCUCUCACCGAUGCAAGAGACCAUGUAUAUGAGAUGAGUGAAAAGGAAGUCAAUAUUUUUUUCUAAGGGACUUCCCCUUGAAUACAUUUUUGUGCGUUUUUUAAACAGGUCCAUUCUUUUGGUUACUCCUUGCGGCAUGUAUGCGGAAGUAAUUAUUGAGCUUUUAGUGGGUCAUUGUUGAGGGAUUGUUGUAAAUUUGAGGGGGAGAGAUUGUAGUUAGCUUCAUCAAUAAUAUAAUUUUUCAUCUUACCUCUUCCAGAAA